CAGCUAAACCCCAAGGCAUCAGCAUAAAUCAGUCUGGCCAACUAUGAUCAGCUUGUAACAAUGCCAUCUGCAGUUAGCCACGGCUUUCAAAUUUUAAGAGUAAUUUCUAAUGUGUGGCAGACACCCCCUGAUGGGUAAACGGUGAAUGCUGCUCGUCUAUCAUGCCAUGCACUUCCUCUCGUCCAAGAAUGGCGUGCAAGGGGCUCACGACAUUUAUGAGACAGAGAGCGUUGAAGUUCUAUUUCUACCUUUGACGUUACGUGCAAACCUAUUCUCCGCCACCAGACAAACUAUUUACAAUCUUGAGUGGUUCACAAUAAUCGGUCAACCAUGACUUCGCAGCAAGACAGAGCUCUAUCCAGCAAGGACACCGAGUUUAUCGAUAAAGAUAUGAGCGCCGUGGCCAUUACAAAUAUCUCAUGCCCCACAAGCCUUGAAAGCUCCGAACCUGACGGUCUUUUUCUUCGCUCAUGGCGCCUUGCGGCUGUUAUCGGCUCCUUGUGCUUAGGAAUUUUCCUCCUGGCAUUGGACAUGAACAUUAUCGCCGUUGCAAUUCCUAGAAUUACAUCUGAUUUUCAUGCAUUGAAUGAUGUUGCCUGGUAUGGCUCAGCAUAUCUUCUCACCGUUACGGCCUUUCAACCUUUGUUCGGUAAUUUGUACAAAUACUUUGAUCCUAAGAUUGUGUAUAUGGGAUCAAUAGCGUUAUUUGAGUGUAAGUCAUUGAAUGCAACAAAUUGAUGGUAUCUGACUUAUGACAGUGGGGUCAAUUUUAUGCGCGGCAGCGCCUUCUUCCAGUGUCCUCAUUGGAGGACGAUCUGUUCUUGGUUUUGGGGCUGCCGGAAUCUAUCAAGGAAGUCUGGCAAUUGUCAAUUUUGUGGUAGAACUCGAAAAGAGGCCAAUGUACCAAGGCAUUGUCAUCAGCUCUUUCGCUAUCAGCGUCUGCAUCGGGCCUGUACUUGGUGGUGUCUUCACUGACAAAGCCAAUUGGAGGUGGUGCUUUUGGAUGUAAUGAUUUCCUUUAUCCUAAUAGCUCUACACAUACUAAUAGAAAGAUAGUAAUGUACCUAUGGGCGCUGUUGUCCUUGUCUUUAUCUUGCUAUUCUUUCGAAUUGGAGGUACACAAAACUCAAAUCGUUCCUUGAACCUUUCAACUAAAUUAAGGCGCAUGGAUAUUGGCGGAGUUCUACUGUUUUUAGGAGCAAUAUACUGCCUUCUUCUGGCAUUACAAUGGGGUGGACAGACUCUACCAUGGAAGUCAUCUAAAGUUAUCGGAUUGUUCGUUGGUUUUGGUUUGCUCAUCAUAUCCUUCGGUGUUCUACAAUGGAAACGAGGUGAACAUGCCACAAUUCCCUUGCGAAUCCUUCGACAAAGAUCAAUUCUCAUGGGAAGUAUAUUCCUUAUGUUAUUUGGCAUGAUGAGUUUUGUCUAUGCUUACUACCUGCCUAUCUACUUCCAAUCCAUUCAAGGUGUCACCGCUAUUCAAAGUGGAACCCGUUUCAUCGCAAUAGUUCUUCCUCAAAUCAUUGGCUUGUCGCUCACUGGGGCUAUCGUCACAAAAUGGGGAUACUAUGUCCCAUAUAUGAUUCUUGGAACGAUAAUUGCAAUGGUUGGUGCCGGUCUUCUCACUACCAUCGACACCAAUACUUCAACGGUUCGAUGGGCCGCAUACAUGGUCAUCAAUGGAUGGGGUACUGGAAUGGCACAACAGCUUCCCUACACCGCGCUACAGAUUGUGUUGAGUGAAGAAGACGCGCCUACUGGAAAUGCAAUUGCGGUAUUUAUGUAUCAGAUUGGUUCUUCCGUCUCCGUAUCCAUCGCACAAUCCCUCUUUCUGUCAAGGUUACAAACCAGUGUACCAGCUCAUACCACUGCUGUAUCAGCAGAAGCGGUCAUAAAGGUCGGCGCUAGUGGUCUGGAGGAUUUGGCUGGUGGAUCAGUGAUUGUCUUGGGUGCAUUGAGAGAAGCGUACACGAUUGCUAUUAGGGAUGCAAUGUAUUAUGCCUUGGCUGCAGCUUGUUUGUCUUUACCGUUUGCUUGUGGCAUGCAAUGGUUUAAUCUCAAGAAGGUUGCAGAGGAAAGAAGGGAAGCAAAAGAUGAGGGAAAGUCUGACGAGUUUGAGAGCUCGGCCAUGACAGACGGCGUAAUUGGAUCCGAGAAAGUCUAGAAUAUAGGAUUAUUUGCUGUAACAUUUUCAGAAUAAUGUAAUAGAUUUUGUAUGACACCUUUCUUGAAGUUAAUUCUUGGCUAGAUUGUUGAAUUUUUCACAAGAACUUCUCGUUGACUAAACAAGCUCAAAAGACAUGAGUAGAAUUGUCAAUUACAAUUCACGUGGUACUCUAUUGUCAAUGGUAUAUUGAUUCAUCAUUCAUUAAAUGUCCCUUGCGCCAUAAUUUGUAUGUAUCCAUCCUAUCCAUAUAAUACCAUCCAGCUCAUCCAUCCAAACAAAAACGCAGCCAGAACCCUAUCCCCAACCCAAACCAUAACCGUGACCCCAGCAGUAUUUCAUGCUCCUUCGUCCUACCACAACGCCAACAUCAAAACCAAGGUCCAUCAC